UCUCUCUCUCUCUCCCCAAAUUAACGGCAUAUUCUUUCUUCUCUCUCUUGUUCAUUUCACAGCCUCUUUUCCUUGCAAAAUCAUUCACAAUCUCCAUUCAUUUCCCUUCUCUAACCCACUAAUUUUGCUUCCCAAAGAGUUUUUCAACAACCCAUUUGUUUUAUCUUCACGCUUCUCAAGAAUUCGGAGCUUUUAAGGAUUUUUCGUUUUUGUGUUUGUUUUGGGUGGUUCGGUUAUGGGAAGAAUGAAAAACAUUGUGUAAUUUUCGAAACAAGUUUUCUUUUCUUUUUGUUUUUUUGAAGGAUUUGAGGAUUUUGAGGUUGUUUUUUUUGGGUAUUUGCUUUGGGUUGGUCUGAAGAAUGGUGGUAAAGAUGAUGAGGUGGCGGCCGUGGCCGCCUCUUGUGACGAAGAAGUACGAGGUGAAACUGGUGGUACAGAGGAUGGAGGGGUGGGAUCUGGUGCGGGAGGUUGCAGAGAAGAAGGAAGAAGAAAGGUUAGCGGUUGAGAUUCGUUGGAAGGGUCCUAAAGUCGCCUUGAGUACUUUGAGAAGAAGGGUCAGGAGGAACUUCACCAGAGAAGCUCAACUAAAUCACCAAAAUGAAAACGAAAACGAAAGUCCAAACGGUGUUGUUUUGUGGGACGAAGAGUUUCAGUCUCUUUGUACUUUUUCUGCUUAUAAAGAAAAUGUCUUUCAUCCUUGGGAGAUCGGUUUCACUGUCUUCAAUGGCUUGAACCAGGGGCCUAAAAACAAGGUUCCUGUUGUUGCAACUGGGACGCUGAACCUUGCCGAGUUUGCUUCUUUAGCUGAAGAAAAGGAAAUUGAGUUGAACUUGCCUCUUACACUCUCUACUGGUGCUGCUGAGUCACAUCCCUUGCUCUGUAUAUCUUUUAGUUUGCUGGAGCUGAGAACAGCUCAGGAAACCACUGAGCCAGUGCAGACAGCAAUUAUGCCUGUUGUAUCCCCACCUCCCCAAUCAGGAGAAACCACUUCGACUGAGAAGGAUGAGCUUUCUGCAAUUAAAGCUGGUCUUAGAAAAGUUAAGAUUUUUACGGAGUAUGUGUCCACCAGGAGAGCGAAAAAGGCCUGCCGGGAGGAAGAGGGUAGUGAUGGCAGGUGUUCUCGGAGCGAAGAUGGCGAAUAUAACUACCCUUUUGACUCUGACUCACUUGAAGAUUUUGAGGAAGGAGAAUCGGAUGAGGGCAAGGAGGAAGCCAGUGUUAGGAAGUCGUUUAGUUAUGGCACACUGGCUUAUGCAAAUUGUGCUGGAGGAUCAUAUUACUCCAGUAUGAGGAUAAACGGUGAAGAUGAGGAUUGGGUGUAUUAUAGCAAUCGCAAGUCUGAUGUGGGUUGCUCGCAUCCUGAAGAUCCAAUAGCAUCAGUCUCUGAGCCAUCUCUGUUACAAAGUUCGAAGCGCAGCCUACUCUCUUGGAGGAAGAGAAAGCUAAGUUUCAGAUCGCCUAAAGCCAAAGGAGAGCCAUUGUUAAAGAAGGGGAAUGGGGAAGAAGGUGGGGAUGAUAUUGAUUUUGAUCGCCGGCAGCUUAGCUCUGAUGAAUCUCUUUCUCAUGGGAUGCUUAAAACAGAUGAUGAUUUAUCUGCAAAUCGAUCUUCAGUUUCUGAAUUUGGGGAUGACAAUUUUGCUAUAGGAAGUUGGGAGCACAAAGAAGUAAUAAGCCGUGAUGGCCAAAUGAAGCUUCAAAGUGAGGUCUUCUUUGCUUCCAUUGAUCAGCGGAGUGAGCGAGCAGCAGGUGAGAGUGCUUGUACAGCCCUUGUUGCUGUAAUAGCAGAUUGGUUCCAGAAUAACCGUGGUCUUAUGCCUGUCAAGUCCCAACUUGAUAGUCUAAUCAGAGAUGGUUCGUUGGAAUGGAGGAACCUUUGUGAGAAUGAAACCUAUAGGGAGAGGUUUCCUGACAAGCACUUUGAUCUGGAAACAGUCCUUCAAGCGAAAAUACGCCCUCUUGGUGUGAUAUCAGGAAAGUCCUUCAUUGGGUUUUUUCAUCCAGAGGGAAUGGAUGAGGGAAGAUUUGACUUUUUGCAUGGUGCCAUGUCGUUUGAUAACAUUUGGGAUGAGAUUAGCCGUGCAGGAUCAGAAAGUCCAAGCAAUGGCGAACCUCAGGUUUAUAUUGUUAGCUGGAACGAUCAUUUUUUUGUACUCAAGAUUGAACCAGAAGCUUACUACAUAAUUGACACGUUAGGGGAGAGGCUUUAUGAGGGAUGCAAUCAGGCUUAUAUUUUGAAAUUUGACUGCAAUAGUGUGAUUCACAAACUACCAAACGUUGCUCAAUCAACUGACGAAAAACCAGCUGGUGAUCAGCAGAUUGUUGCAUCAGCAUCAGAGCCAAAAAACCAGCCAGUCCAGCAGGUCAAUGUAAAGGAGGAGGGUUCUGUUUCUGGUGAACUGCUAACCAAGAAUGAGGAGCCGGUAAACAAUGAAGAGGUAGAGGAGGUUGUGUGCCGCGGGAAGGAGGCUUGCAAGGAGUACAUAAAGAGCUUCUUGGCUGCAAUUCCAAUACGUGAAUUGCAGGCAGAUAUCAAGAAAGGUUUAAUGGCAUCAACACCUCUUCAUCACCGGCUACAGAUUGAAUUCCACUUCACCCAGUUCCUCCAACCCGCACCAGGAACUCCUGCACCAAAACAGAUCACAGCUGCACCAGAAUCAGUUGAAGCUCCAAUAACAGUCGUGGCCGAGUAGAGACUUAAUGUAAAUUGUAGGAAGUGUGAUUACUCUAACUCCUUUCUUUCUUCUUUUUCCAGGUAUCUUAUGAUGUGAAUUGGGUUAUCAAAAAAGAACCUGUUUGAGCCUUUGUUCUUUUCUUUUUCAUCUUUUUACCAUAGGGAUAUUAUCUUAUGAUGUGAAUGUGUUAACAAAGAGUAAAGAGAGUUGUUUUUCUUGUAAGCAGUGUUGAAAUGUAACAAAAACUUCUAUUGUCCUCAUUUCUAAAGCUUUGCUCUGAUUUUGUUAUUGUUGCCA